AUGGACGGCGUGCGUGAAGUCGUGGGAUUGCAGGAGCUGAGAACGGACUAUAAGGAGUUCCAAGAGCGGCGACAGCUCCGGGACGGACUGGUCCUCCGCUUGCGUGAGAAGACCACCGCGGCCAAGCUCAAGCUCCUGGUCCAGGACAUGAAGCUCUUCCCCGUGGCCAUCAAGCUUGCCUAUUCCUGCAACUACCCUCUGGCUCAGAUCAUGGAGAUUUACCGAAGAUACGCAGACCAUUUGUACGAAAAGAAGCGGGCUUACGACGAAAGUGUGCAGCAGUACAUCCACACGAUCGGCUACUUGGAUCCCUCCUACGUCAUCGCCCGUUUCCUCGACCCGCAGCGCAUCCACAAUUUGACGGUCUACCUGGAGGCUUUGCACCGACAGGGGCAUGCCACGGCCGCCCUGACCACCUUCCUCUUGAACUGUUACACGAAGUUGAAGGACACCGCCAGGUUGGAUCGCUUGGUUUUU